AUGUCAGUUAUCGACCGCUCUGCUGGCUAUCGCACGGCCAAGGACGACGCCCCGCCGUACGAUCCCUCGCUCUGGGAGGGCCGCGACUGCGCCUACAUCACCUAUCUCGGGCGUCAGCUGAACGACCCGGUGGUCCGGCAACGUCUCGCCGCGCGGGCGUCCGAGCGGGGGCGACAGUUGGCGUCGAUAGCCUCCCCCCACAUAACGACGGAUACCACCCCUCCCCUCGUGCGGCCGCCGACCCUCCUAGAAGGAGCCAAGGGCUACGGCGGUCUCCUUUGGAGGUGGGCGAUUUCCUCUCUCGUUCGAUUCGCCACCUCCUUGGUACCGAGCGGUUUCCGCCACCCGGGGAUCCCGUCGAACGUUUCCCUCGAGGAGCUCUCCUCGGAGGAGUUGCUCACGGAAAUGCAGAUGGCGCUGGCCUCGGGCCACAUGGAGCGAUCCACCCAGAUCGCACGCGAGCUGGCCAGUCGCCGCGUGGCCUUCGAACUUCGGCCCGUCGCUGCGGAUCCGAAUACCCCCGCGAUGGCGCCCGCCCAGGCGAAGCGCGCCGAUCACCUCUCGGCGGGAUAUUCGGGCUGGAUUUCAAGCGCCCCACCCGCGAACGCAGACCCGUUUGGCAGGGUAAAUCCCCCAAGCUCAGGAGGGGUCUCACGUGAUUUUUCUCCCUUCGUCCGGGACGCCAGAUACGAAUUGAAGGCCCCGAUAGUCGGGGGCUACUCCUCUCGGGCGCCGUCUCUCCCUAGCCUUAACUCUGUCAUCCCGAGUAUCGAUCCCCCGUACCGGGAGUCUAAUCGACAUUACUAG